AGGGAUAGCAGGGUAAGCUUCCUCAAAUCAUAAAGAACAACCUACCCAUCCCCGGCUUUGACUUACAUGCUUCUGGUGAAAGAAAAUUAGAUUGAUUUUCCAGUGAGUAAAGGAAGUUGGAAGGGGAUUGCCACCUCUGGUAUAUCACCCAAAGAAAAGCUGAGCAACUUGCCAUUAUUUUGGAGACAGCAAGAAGAGAACAUCUCAGAACUGGAACCUUAUUAUUUGAUUUUUUUUUUUUUUUUUUUUUUUUGUAAACACAAGAAAAAAAGAGGACUUGUUCUUCAGCCAGUUGUGAAAGUAAAUCCACAGUCUUUUAUAUUCAGAAGUUUGGAGACCCAGGGACACCGUACACAGUGUUUCUGCAAGCAACACAGGAGAACUGUCUGAGUGAGGUAGCUGAAUUGUGUGAGGCAGUUUCUGCCUGGUGCUUGCUGGGAGGUACCCAGGUCUCACUGGGUUUGAAAUUGUUGUCGCUCUCUACCCUAAGCCGCAGAAGCCAUGCAUCACCCAGCAAAGCAAAGAAUACCACUACUGGAGCACCCGUAUCUCAAACUCUUCCAGCUCCUGAUGCUAGCAAGUCUUUUUUACUUCUGUUCAGGCAUCAUCCAGGUGAACAAGACGGUGAAAGAAGUAGCAGUACUAUCUUGUAAUUACAACAUUUCCACUGAAGAACUGACAGAAGUUCGAAUCUAUUGGCAAAAGGAUGAUGAAAUGGUCGUGGCCAUCAUGUCUGGAAAAGAGCAAGUGUGGCCCAAGUAUAAGAAUCGCACCUUCACUGACUUCACCAAGAACCUCUCCAUUGUGAUCCUGGCUCUGCGUCUGUCAGACAAUGGCAAAUACACCUGCAUCGUUCAAAAGCCCGAAAAAGGGUCUUACAAAGUGCAACACAUGACUUCAGUGAUGUUAUUGGUCAGAGCUGACUUCCCUGUCCCUACUAUAACUGACCUUGGAACUCCAUCGCGUAACAUCAGAAGGAUAAUGUGUUCAACCUCUGGAGGUUUUCCAAAGCCUCAACUCUGCUGGUUGGAACAUGAAGAAGAAUUAAAAGCAAUCAGCACAACAGUUUCCCAAGAUCCUGAAACUGAGCUCUACACUAUUAGCAGUGAACUCGAUUUCAAUAUAACCAACAACCAUAGCUUUGUGUGUCUUGUCAAGUAUGGAGACUUAACAGUAUCUCAGAUCUUCAGCUGGCAAAAAUUUGAGCCACCCCAUACUGAUAAUCCAGUCCAGCUCAGGGUCAUCCUAAUCUCAGUAGUAAGUGGGAUUGCUGUGAUCACUGCCGUUAUAGGAAGCUGCCUAAUCUAUAGAUGUGCUGCAAGGUGGAGAUGGAAAAAGAGGAAUGAGGAAGGCGUGGACAUGGAAAAGAUCUCACCGAUCUACAUAGGAUCUGCCCAAACAUCUGUAUAAGCAGAACAUUUGGAGGUUUUAUUUAUUUGACAGAGAGAGAGAAUACAAGCAAGGCGAAGCAGUAGGCAGAGGGAGAAGAAGCAAGAUCCCCAUGGAGUAGGGAGCCAGAUGUGGGACUUGAUCCACCCAAGACGAAGGCAGCCGCUUAACCGACUGAGCCACCCAGGCACCCCUAUUUCAUUUGGUCUUAUAAAAAUCUUUGUGAGCAAGAUCUUUAUCUCCAUUUUAUAGGAGGGAAUCCCGAGGCUCCCUCCCAGAGGUUGUGAUUUGCCUAAGGUCAGGUAGGCAAGGAGCAGGGCCAGGACUCAAACUGGGUAUUAAGCUCAGGUUCCUUUUACAACAUCAUAGCAGGCUAUGCACAUUUCCCCACAGCAGUCUCUGUUUCCUGUUUUUUCCACCUUCUUCAGGAUGUCCUUUCCAGGAUGUCCACCUCGGUUCCGUGACUACCUAGAACUUCUCUGACUUUCCUUAACAGUUGGUUGCUGCUCAGUCGGCUGAUAUGCCAUGUUGAAGCUGGGGUCUUGUCUCCUCAGGGGUCACCUUGUCCAGUUCAGGCAACUCUGCCUUUGAACUGCUAGAGCAAUGCUCUCUUGCACAUCACAUUCCAUCUGGGUUUAUUUUCAUAUGCAUGUCUUAUAUUCUUUACUAAGUUGUAGGCUUAUGGAGAACAAACAUACCUGACAUAUAUUUGCCUCAUAGGCAGAAUAUUACCUUGAUCACUAUAUAUGGUCGUUUGAUGAUCACUGGUGCUUAAAUAGAUAUUUCAUGUAAUAAAAAUUGUCAGACUUGUCCUAAAUUCUUCCAUAAUUUAGACUUCCCUUUAUAUUUUUUGGCCAUCAAGAUUAAAAUCUACUAAUGUCACCUCAACUUUGGAGCACCUUUGUGAUAAAAAAUAUAAAAAUUAAAAUGCUUCCUCCUUUGAGAAUUCAGGUUUUGAAGUAUUCGUUUAUUUUUUUUGUUUCCCCAGGUCCCACCUCCAUCUUAGAUUGGCCUCUUCUUUGAAUUUCUUCAGAUGGCCAGGAUUAUCCUAGGAUUAUUCUCUAGGAGCCUCUUCCUUUCGGUGGCCCUGCAAAAAGUGACCAGAGGAAUAUGGUGGGGACAUAAGUAGCUCUGGUAACCUUGGUCAAAGAACUUAGAAACAAAGAAUUGUUCAGGCCUGGAAGAGACAUUCGAAAACACUUGUCUCAUUAAUGACAAGGACAUCAAGGCCCAGGGGGUGACCUGGAUAAAGGCCUGGGCCAGAAUCCAGAUUUCCUAUAUCUGGUGCUCUUUUCCAUUAGUCUGGCUCUGUGCUAUUAACUGGUGUGUUUAUAUAUACACACAUCAGUCAAAAUGCUUCUGGAAAAAGAAUUUAUCCAAUGUCAGGUCAACUUUUUAGACUUGAUCUGAUACAACACUGGAGCAUUGUGUGUUGUUAUAAAAAGGAAUCUGAUGUUAAUGUGUGAGUAGUGUGCUGGUACAUAUACCAGUGUGAGGAUGAUGGAAACAUUACUGAUGUUAACCAAUAUUUCAUUUUUCAUUGUGCUCUCCCACUUCUCCAUCAGUUUCUAAAGAAAGUAGAUUUAUCCCAAACUAAUAUCCUCUGACAUGUAAGAUCAAUGACUUAUACACCUCAAAGCAAUAGGUUGGAGAGAAAUAGGUUGGUUUACAGAGUCACAUCCCACUGGUUCAUAUUGGACUGAUAAUCUCCUUAAAUGGCUUUAUGCUAGUUUAACCUCAUUUGUAAAAUAUGAGAAAGUUCUCAUUUAAAAUGAGAUAGGUUUUUAUUGUGUAUUACUAACAGUAAGCUGUCUUUAGAAAUCGAUCAGGGUAAUGAAAAUAGCAUUCCCUAGACCUUCCUUAUCCCUAAAGUGCUAACUGCUGUUCCUGAGUUAUUUGCUCAUGACUCCUCUUUCUCUGAACUUGUCUUCCACAACUCAGUGGACCAGAAGGUGGACCUGACUUAAGUGGGAGCAAUCAGACAUUCCCACUGGAAAAUCUGACGUUGGAUAGCAAUUUGACCAAGUUUCUCACAUGUGGCUGGGUCUAAAACAUUUAAUUUGGGUAGCUAUAAUGGGACCAGAUUAUGUUAGAGUCUUAAGUACACUUUUAAAUGGUUACUCUCAGAACAAAAUCACUGAGGGAAAUAAAUAAUUUAAAGCAAAGACAAGAAUUUAAAGCAAACAAAAAAAAAAACAGGAAUUGCUAUAUCUAGUUAAGAUUAAUAAUCCUUAGACAUGAUCAAGGGGAGACCUCAAGAAGUAGUUACAAACGAGGACACACCUAAGAGACAGCUUAUUUAUACUUAAAUUAUAUUACAUUACUUAUUACAUUUGAUAAAUUAUUAGUACUAUUUUUUCAAGGAGUUGUACUUUUAUUCUGAUAUUUUUAUGAUAUGAAUAAAACUAUUUUUAAAACCGUCUAGUUUUAUAAUAUCUAGUUGGAGAAUAUAAUCUAUAUGUGGAUGUGAAUAAAACAAUAAACAGAU